GAUGUCCUGCCCAAGUGAACAGCCGUAUCAGCCCCUCCCAGCCUGCCCCUCCCGAAGCUGCUCCAGAGUGCAGGAGGGAGGCCGCUGUGCACUGGAGUACAGGGAACAGGAGACCCACCUGACCCUCAGCCCACCCGCUGGGAGUUUACUGCCUGGGGACUCCCCUUGCCCAUGCCUCCAGCUGCAAAACAAUUCAUUUUUUUUUUUUUUUUUGGUCCAAAAUAAAAUUUCAGCUAGCUUGGGGGGGAAAAGAAAGAAAGAAAGAAAGAAAAUAGGCAGCUCAGGGGGAGGUGGUUCAGAGCUGGGCCUGGGCUCAGCAAUGUGGUUCGGCUCUGCUGGGCGGUAUGCUGGUGUGUGGCCUAAGGCCCCGAGGGCGGCACUCUAGCCACCACGCCUCCGUUCAAGACAGAAAGAAGGGGACAGAGCUCUCCAGCGGUCUUCUUCCGUUUUAUCUGGCAGGAAAAAGGUUUUGUAGAUGCUCUCAAAAGGCAUCCACUUAUGUCUUGUUGACCAGAACUGGGCCCUGAAGCCAAAGCUGGGAAAUUAUUUAACAGAGCAGAUUGCUGCCCCCUCCCCCACACUGGAAUUUGGUCACAACAAAUAAAAAAUGGAGCUAGGAUGGGCAGUUCGCACUGUUUGCUCUCAUCAGCACUGGGCUCGAAGGGGUGGUAACACCCAGCAACUUGCUUUUUCUUUUCUUUUUUUUUUUUGAGAUGGAGUUCCCUCUGUCACCCAGGAGGCUGGAGCGCAGCGGUGCGAUCUCAACUCACUGCAACCUUCAUCUUCCAGAUUCAAGUGAUUCUCCACCACUCCUGGCUAGUUUUGUAUUUUUAGUAGAGACGGGGUUUCGCCAUGUUGGUCAGGCUGGUCUCGAACUCCCGAUCAAGUGAUCCGCCUGCCUCAGCCUCCCAAAGUGCUGGGAUUUCAGGGAUUACAGCGCUCGACUGAAAAUGACCAGCUUUCUUACCAUGCGUUUCUCCAAAGUCAUAUCCUCCAACAAUGUCAACCUCUCAGGGGCAGGACCUUGGUUCCCCAGCACGUGGGGUGGGGGUGGGGUUUGCUGUUGGAAGUGCCUGACACUGGAGGCAGCCAGAGCAGGCUGCAGACAGUUCUACUGAGGACCCCAGCCUCUGUGAUGUCACACUGGGCUUCUUUCCUUUCAUCCUGGGCUGUGGCCAUGGAGCUCUGGAAGCAGGGCGGGGGGAGGAAGCCUGCUGGCUGUGACCUGCCCUGGAGGCGUAGGAGGCCCAGCCAUGAUACCCUUACCGGAUGCCAUGACCCUUGGGAAGGAGCCCCGUCCUCUGCCUCUGGUCCCACUUCCCUGGGUCCUUCCCAGCCUGUUUGCUGCCUGCAAUGUGGUGCUGCUGGUCUUUUUCAGUGGCCUCUUCUUCGCAUUCCCUUGCAGGUGGCUGGCUCAGAAUGGGGAGUGGGCCUUUCCUAUGGUCACAGGCCCCCUCUUUGUCCUCACCUUCUUCAGUCUUGUUUCACUCAACUUCUCAGACCCUGGCAUCUUACAUCAAGGCUCCGCCGAGCAGGGGCCCUUGACCGUGCACGUGGUGUGGGUGAACCACGGGGCCUUCCGCCUGCAGUGGUGUCCAAAGUGCUGCUUCCACCGCCCGCCCCGGACCCACCACUGCCGCCGGUGCAACGUCUGUGUGGAGGAUUUUGACCACCACUGCAAGUGGGUCAAUAACUGCAUAGGUCACCGCAACUUUCGCUUCUUCAUGCUGCUCGUCCUGUCCCUGUGCCUCUACUCUGGCGCCCUGCUGGUCACCUGUCUCAUCUUCCUCGUGCGCACGACCCACCUGCCCUUCUCCACAGACAAGGCCGUAGCCAUCGUGGUGGCGGUGCCCGCCGCGGGCUUCCUGGUGCCGCUGUCCCUGCUGCUGAUGAUCCAGGCCGUGUCCGUGAGCUCGGCCAAGCGCACCUACGAGGGCAAGUGCAGGCACCUUCAGGGAUACAACCCCUUCGACCAGGGCUGUGCCAGCAACUGGUAUUUAACCAUCUGUGCGCCACUGGGUCCCAAGUACAUGGCUGAAGCUGUCCAGCUGCAGACAGCGGUGGGGCCUGUCUGGACACCCAUGACGAACCUGCACCCCGCCACGUCCGCCGCAGCCUGCCCUCCUCCAGCCCCAACCUCUGGGUCCUUACAAACCAGGGAAGGGUCCCCCAGGGAGUGGUGA